GCGUUUGGCAAGAACGUGCGUCGUGCGCAGGCCGACAUUCGCUGAGCGCGCCCUCCGCGACGAGCGCCCGGCGCACCUGCCUAAUGGACGACGAACGUGCGCUUGCUAGCGCUCUGGGCAGUCCCGCGGGAAGGCUCACCGCUGUUCCUUCGUCUCGGCAGGCGGCUUCUGGUCAAGCAGGACCCGGGAGCGGCUGCUAGGGUGCGAACUUGCCAGGAAGCUGCAUGGCUAUAUGUCGCCUCCUUCUAUCUCUCUGUUAUGUUGCCCUUGACACGCUGACCAAGGUGUCCUCCGUGCUUGAUCCUGCCGCAGCUGCUGUGCCGUCUGCGAGUCAGCUAUAACUUGCAUUGACUCCUCUGCACUCCUCACACUCCCCCACCUAGUUGCCAUGUCCUCAGCGCGUACUAUCCAAUCCAGACCCCUCAGCCUACCCGUCAUAUCUCUACCCAUGUCGCCCGCGUCGGCCUCACCAACGGCGAGCUCCUCGCUCUCGCCUACAUCCACCGCUUUCAGCCACCGAGCCUCGGACUCAUCCCUUCUGAAGAAGAAGUCGUCUCUCCACAGCCAUCACAGUCACGCGCCCUCCAUCUCCGCCGCCUCGACGUCCAGCGGAUCGACGUCCAAGAGCUUCGGCACAAGCCUGCUCGAGGCGUACGGCGAAUGGAAGGAAGCGGACGAUGCGCUCCAGCGCUUGUACAUCGAGGAAUGCAAUCGGGACGAGUGCAAGGCCGAACUUGCCGACGCGAGGGAGCUGGUGAACAGGCUUAAAGCGGAGCAGGACGCCCUGCGGUCGCCCGGGAAGCGCAGGAUACAGCGGAAGCCGUCGAGGCUCGCGUCCUUCUUGCAGAACAAGAGCACACCGCAUCUUCCCUUCCAGGACGUUCCCGCCCCAGAUAGCAGCAUGGCCGAUCUCGUCGAGGCAAGCGUGCGGGAGAGUGAGCUCGAGCGGGUUUACUGCCAACGCACAGCGCAGGUCGAAGCAACGAAGGGGCAGAUAGCGAGACUGGAUGAACGGUAUGAUCAAUUGAGAAGGAUGCUAAAUGAUGGGCCUCUCCCGUCGUGGCGGUUCACCGAGGGAUGUGAACAAGCUAUAUUACGAGCAGAGAAGACUGUCACAGCCCGCGAAGUCUCCUAUGAGGACAGCGUGGCUACCACCGAGGUCCUCAAACGAGCCCGCCUCGCAGUGCAGUCCGCACACCACCACUACACCGAGGCGAUGAACCUCCUCGACACCGUCUGCAGCCCCAGCCGGAGCGGGAUCAUGGCUGCGCUCAGCGACGAGCAGAGCAAGGCGCAGACGUACAGAGAGGCGGCGGACUGGUCCCAAAAGGCGCACGUCUGCCUGAAGGCGUGUAUGAUGGUGCUGGAGCCGCACAUGGAGCUCCUCGACAGCGAGCAGAUUGCCGCAGCGGAGCAACUCAAGGAGGUCGGGCUCCUCCAGGGCGUCCGGCUCUACGAGCUCAUGUACGGCGGGAAGGCCCUCGCCCUCGGCAUCACACAGGAAGUGGGCGUGAUGGUCAAGAAGCUCGACGCGAUAUACCGCCUGCUCACGAACUUCGCUGUCGCCGUGCAGAACUUCACAGAGAACUGCCAGAGCGUGCAGGAGGCCGUGCGCCAUAGCAGGGACGUCGCACGCAGGGAGCUCGUCGCCCUCUGGAUGAAUGACAGCUCGAAAAACCACGGUGCCACGGCGGGCCGCUAUCGGAAUGGCACCGUAUGAAUCCGUCCUCGUCUCUUCUUUGCUCAUCCGUUCUGGUCCGUUA